AUGCCUUCACCCGACGCGUCAGAGACGGAUUCGUCACGUCCAGUCGUAUCGACCGGCGACUCACUGCAACCAGUCGCUACCAAAGAUUCGCAAGCUGUUACGGUCGGCGAUAACUCUAGACCUGAAGCGCUCAAUGGAUCGCCCGAUAAACAGACCAAUGGCCCGGUGCUAGAUUCUAUAUCUGAAUCUAAGCAAAACGCAAAGGCUAUGCUGUCCGUGUCGGGUGUCUCUCCAACCAAAUCCAAUUCCUCUGAAGGUCAGCAACAACAGCCAUCCAAUGGGACAAAUGGAACCAACGGAGUUAGCGCGAGUCGGAAACGCUCACGAUCGGGCUCUGUUAUUUCGACCUAUUCUCAAGAAAAUGCGUCUGUCACUGUGCGAGAGACACCUGCAGAGAAGAUACUCCUUGAACAGUAUGUGUAUCGGGAAUUUCAACACAAUGCUUUAGAAGCUACACGGAACAAAAGCCAGGAGCUUUUUCAUCAAAAGAGGGCCGAACGUGACUAUCUAUUGGCGUUGCGUCGCGAACAUCAGCUCAAUCCUGCUGCGAUCUACGGUGUCGGCUAUGAGGGAUACGGCAAUGCACGAACGGAUCUAAGGAAUCAACACCCUCAAUUGCUAUAUCCUGCCAAUCGACGUCGUCCAGGUGGAAAAAAGACUAGGGAAUUGCGUAUAUCGAGAAGAGAUCUCAAGGCACAAAGCGACCUUCGGGAAGAUUUGGUUCCAAUCCGACUAGACUGCGAUUGGGACAAGGUCAAGAUUCGUGAUACAUUUACCUGGAACCUCCAUGACCGAGUCGUAUCUCCUGAAUUGUUCGCUGAAAAGCUUGUGGAGGAUUUAGGGCUUCAACCUGAAGCAUGUGCGCCGCUUAUUCGUCAAAUCACGCAGAGUAUUCAAGAACAGUUAAGCGAUUACUUCCCUCAUGUAUUCAUGCAAGAGGAUCCUCUCGACCCUCAUUUACCAUACGAAGCAUACAAGAAUGACGAGAUGCGCAUUCUCGUUAAGCUCAAUAUUACAAUUGGCCAGCACACCCUGGUCGAUCAAUUCGAAUGGGAGAUCAACAAUCCAUAUAACUCUCCGGAGGACUUUGCUUUACAAAUGACGAACGAUCUAUCUUUAUCGGGUGAGUUUACAACAGCCAUUGCUCACUCAAUUCGAGAACAAGUGCAGCUCUUCACUCGUUCAUUGUACAUUACAGCACAUCCCUUCGACGGACGACCCGUCGAUGAUCCAGAUCUCAAAACCGCCUUUUUACCCUCUCCUAUGUCAUCUACUUUCCGCCCAUUCCAGGCUGCCAAGGACUUCACACCUUACUUGUACGAGCUCAAUGAAGCCGAGUUGGAACGCACCGAAGUAUCGAUAUCGCGCGAGCAACGAAGACAGAAACGCUCUGUCAAUCGCCGUGGCGGUCCUGCUCUACCUGAUCUUAAAGAUCGACAACGAACCAUUCGUACAAUGAUUGUUUCCUCUGUGAUACCCAAUAGCGCCGCUUCUCUCGAAGAGACUCGUUUGUUUAAGAGAUCUUCAAGUGGACGAACGAGACGUGCUGGUGCUGGACAACGCGAUGGCUUGGAUGAUUCCGAUUUGUCGGACAGCGAUGACUCUUCGGUUGGUUCUCCAGCUAUUGGCACGCAUCUAGCUCAAGGAACAGCCCGCACAAGAGGAAUGAGAGGAGCGGCAUCUGCCGCACAGGCAGCUAUGCGAGCCAACUUUGCACAAUCUGCUACACCAGAGCCUUCACAUCAUGAGCCACGACUAUCACGACGGCGCGACUACCGGGAGGAAAGUUCAGAAGAACCCGAGAAACUCGUGAUUACAUUUAAAUUCACGAAAGAUCGAUUUAGACAAUUAGUUUCGGACCUCAGCAACCGCAAACGCCCAGUGACACCGAAUUUCCCAGUCCAGGUACCAGCAUCAAAAAGCAGCACUCCUCAGCUAGCCACUCCCAUCCAGAGCACAAUGCCUCCACCCAGCACUCAACCUCAACACGCAUCCACAAGCCGGCCGGGCAGCACCAGCGGAGUCCCGCAAUCACAUACUCCAACAUCACAAAUUGGAGCCGUUGAUGCUCCCAAUCCUCCCCAGUCCGGGGUGCCACCUCCCGCCGCACCAAGCUGGCUCAUAGACGGGUUAGAGAAUCUCAAGAAGGGAUAUCCGAAUGAUAAAUUCGAAGAAGUCAUGCGCUACUCUGCUGUGGAUACAACAACAAUGAUGCCCGUAGCAACCUCGAAUGGCCCACCAUCAAACGGCAAAGUGAAAUAUCAGUACCUGCCACGCAUUCGAUGUCUCGAUUGUCCCGGGAAACUAUACACACCCGGUCCGGGCAUGACAGUCGAGAAUUUCGAGGUCCAUCUACGAAAUCGACAACACAAGGAACGUGUCGAAGCAAGACUUGCCAAAGCUGCAGGUGGUAGUAGUAAUGCCGCUACAACACCGGCAUGA